UUUAUUUUAAUUUUAGGAGCCAGAUCGCUAAAUCUCUCCAAAACUCAAAAAAUUCAAAAUCCCAAAAUCCCUCACUAUGGCCUUUCACGUAGCUUGCCCAAUUACAUGUCGGCGAAUUUGCUUCUGUUCGCUAGGGUUUCCUCGGAAUCUCCAGUCUCCCAACUCCAAGAAUGGCUUCUUGCAGGAAGUGAUUCGAGUCGAGGAGUUUCUGAAAGACCCCUGGGGCGUUAGGGUUUCUCGAGAGGGGACCGUGCAGGUCCCCGUUCCCAAAGUCGCACCCGUUCCGGCCGGGGAUGGAGGCGGCGGCGGCGGCGGCGGUGGUGAUGCUGCGGAGGAGGUCGCCUCCGUGUCGGCUCAGGCGAAGCGACUCGCGCUUCAGAGAAAGGCUGCCGCCGCGAUGGUGGCGGCCGAGGAUUAUGCUAGGAGGGUUGAGUCGGGUGAUAUUGCGGUUGCAUCAAAAAAUUCUGUUGUAGAAGAGCAAGGUCAGUCCAACACAAAUGUAAUGUGUCGCAUGUGCUUUUUGGGUGAAAAUGAAGGAAGUGAGAGGGCAAGAAGGAUGCUCUCUUGCCGAAAUUGUGGCAAGAAGUACCACAGGAGUUGUUUGAAAUCUUGGGCUCAACAUAGAGAUUUGUUUCAUUGGAGUUCCUGGACCUGCCCUUAUUGUCGAACCUGCGAGGUGUGCCGAAGUACUGGAGAUCCAACUAGGCUCAUGUUCUGCAAAAGGUGUGAUGGUGCAUACCAUUGUUACUGCCAACAUCCGUCGCACAAGAAUGUUACUUCUGGGCCAUAUGUGUGCCCAAAGCAUACAAGGUGUCACAGCUGUGGAUCCAAUGUCCCUGGAAAUGGUUUAAGUGUGCGGUGGUUCUUGGGAUACACUUGUUGUGAUGCUUGUGGAAGGUUGUUUGUGAAGGGAAAUUAUUGCCCUGUAUGUUUGAAGGUUUACAGAGAUUCAGAAUCAACGCCCAUGGUUUGUUGUGAUGUUUGCCAGCGCUGGGUGCACUGCCAGUGUGAUGGAAUCAGUGAUGAAAAAUAUCUGCAGUUUCAAGUAGAUGGAAAUCUCCAGUAUAAAUGUGCAACAUGUCGUGGAGAGUGCUACCAGGUUACAGAUCUUGAGGAUGCUGUUCAAGAGCUUUGGAGAAGGAGAGACAGAGUUGAUCGAGACCUGAUUGCUAGCUUGAGGGCUGCUGCAGGGCUGCCAACCCAAGAAGAAAUAUUUUCUAUCUCUGUAUAUUCAGAUGAUGAGGACAAUGGUCCUGUGAUGCCAAAAAAUGAAUUUGGACGUUCUCUGAAGUUCUCUCUCAAAGGGAUGGCUGACAAGUCACCAAAGAAGAACAAGGAAUAUGGAAAGAAAUCUUCAAGUAAAAAAUAUCCCAAGAAAAAGGCAUAUCAGGCAUCUUUCAUUAGCAAAGGAGAAUUGCAGUUGAGUCUUGAGGAGAAUCAGGAUAUCCAUUCUCAAGUAUACAGCUUGGGUGAGGACAGGAACAAUGAAGUUGUGUCUAAGAGAAAUGAAGGACAAGAUAUUUCUUCUCCUGUUGCUGGAAUUUGUUCUACCAAUCAGCCAGGGGUUUUGAAACACAAGCUGGUAGAUGAGGUGAUGGUUAGUGAUGAAGAUAGAACAUCUCGUGUUCUUAAAAUCAAAAGCAACAAAUCACAUGAUUUAGACAGUGGAGAUGAUACUGGAAAACAUGGUAGCAAGUCAAAGACUGUAAAAGCAAAGAAGUUAGUCAUAAAUCUAGGUGCACGAAAAAUAAAUGUUACCAACUCCCCAAUGUCUGAUACUUCAAGCUUUCAGAGGGAACAAGAUGUAAUUCCCCACAAUGCAGGUGUUCAAGAUGCCAACCAACAGAGAAUGGAUGACAAGUUUAUGCUGGAUAGGCGUGACAGUUCUGCUAAAUCUGGUGAUGGAGACAGAAUCGAUCACUCCACCAAGUCAAGAGGUGUGAAAAUUGCAGGUAGAGAAGGGAAUUUGAUAAAGUUUGGAAAAAUUAGGUCAGAAAUUCCUGAAUUAAGGUCCAAACUUGGUGCAGCAAACAGUUCUGAUAGACAUGGAAUUGUUCCUCACGAACACACGCGUGUUACAUCAGGAAAAAGAAGCAUUGAUGGCAGUAGGCUUGCGGCUGUGCCUUCAGGUGAGGUCUCUACCCUAAGAGGGGGCAAGGUGAUGUCAGGAAAGCAGUUGGAAGACAGGGCUGAUAUGUAUGCUGAAAGUAAUGAAGAUUAUGGUCGCACACCUGUCUUGAAUUCUUUGCCGAAAGAUUCCAAACCGUCUCUGAAGUUUAAAUUGAAGAAACCUAAUCUUGAGAAUCAGAAUUCUCAGGUCCAUUCUGAGGAAGAAAAGAGUUCUAUAAAGGGCCAAAGGUCAAAAAGAAAGAGACCAUCGCCCUUCAUGGAAAAAUCAUUGUUUAAUGAAGAUGAAGAUCUUGAUGUCACACGAUCGCAUCAAGACAGUUUAAUGGAUGGCAUGAUGGAUGCUAGUUGGAUUUUAAAAAAGUUGGGUAAAGAUGCAAUUGGAAAGAAAGUUGAAAUUCAUCAGGCAUCUGACAAUUCAUGGCAUAAAGGAGCUGUUACUGACGUCAUUGAAGGCACAUCUGCAUUAUCUGUCAGGCUAGAUGAUGGUAGAGUGAAGAGCUUGGAACUUGGGAAGCAGGGUGUUCGAUUUGUUCUUCAAAAACAAAAGAGAUCCAAAAUUUGAAAGCCUAAUUUAUUCUUAGUGAGUGGAUUUGUAGAGAUUUUUCCAUUUUUCUGAUGAGGCAGUUCUCAGGCUCUGAAGGACCUCACAAUUGGAGUUCUGCUGCGUCUUUUUUUAAUUUUUUUGUUUUGCCCUGCUUUUGUAUUGAUGCUACUCUAUAGCUUAGGCAUUUUCUUUCAGGCAGUUCAUUUUUCUAGUGAAGAAUCAAGCCUGCCCAUCAAGGUUAUAUUAUAGUGGAAGACUGUCCAAUUUUCUUUUGCACCUCCCCUCUCAAUGCAUGUAUUUGAUUUCCCA